AUUAUUUUUCCUUCUCUCUGUUAUUGCUUCCCUUGACUAAUUCCCCGCAUUUCUCUCCCGUUGAUCGAUCACACUGUCCGUUCUUCUUCUCAUGAUAGAUCAAACCUUGAUACAUAUGCUCUUUUGAACAACAGCUUAAGAAUGCACCUAAUCCCGCGAGAAAUCGACAAGCUUGUCAUAUCGCAGCUUGGCCAGCUAGCCCAGCGGCGACUUGCGAGAGGUGUCAAGCUCAACCAUGUGGAAGCAACGGCAUUGAUUGCGAGUAAUCUUCAUGAGCUUAUUCGAGAUGGCAAACAUUCCGUUGCUGAGCUUAUGGCCCUUGGCAAGACAAUGCUCGGCCGCCGACACGUCCUUCCUCCCGUCGUCUCCUCUUUGGUAGAGCUUCAAGUUGAGGGCACAUUCCCCUCAGGCACCUUCCUUGUAACGGUCCACCACCCUAUUAGCAGCGAUGACGGGAACCUCGAGAGAGCUUUGUAUGGGAGCUUUCUUCCUAUCCCUCCCAAGGAUGCUUUCCCGCUACUUGAUGCAUCGGAGUACGAGCCCGAGAAGAUGCCAGGCGCCGUGAUUCCAGUGAAAAAGGGCCGGAUCACUUUGAACGAGGGAAGGAGACGGAUCAAGUUGAAGGUGGUGAGCAAGGGCGAUAGACCGAUUCAGGUUGGAUCGCAUUAUCAUUUUAUCGAGACCAAUCCUUUGCUCGAAUUCGAUCGAAUCAAAUCCUAUGGAUAUCGGCUUGAUAUUCCCGCCGGAACGUCCGUGCGUUUUGAGCCAGGAGAUACGAAGACUGUCACCCUUGUUGAGAUCGCGGGCCAUAAGGUUAUUCGGGGCGGCAAUAGCAUUGCUGAAGGUGUUUUUGAUACAAGUCGUAUUGAUGAGAUUUCUCGCCGCAUACAAGCAGGAGGCUUUCUUCACACCCCAGAACCAAUCGGAGAUAUGGGUUUUAUUGACGCGUUUUCCAUGGAUCGAGCCGCAUAUGCUAACAUGUACGGGCCCACUACGGGCGAUCUCGUUCGUCUUGGUGCUACGGAUCUCUGGAUCAGAGUCGAAGAUGACUUUACUCGAUAUGGUGACGAGUGUGCGUUUGGUGGCGGAAAGACGUUGCGAGAGGGAAUGGGUCAAGCCACUGGCAGGUCGGAUCAGGAAACACUCGACAGCGUCAUCACCAAUGCCCUUAUCAUUGACUGGACUGGUAUUUACAAAGCAGAUAUUGGUAUCAAGCACGGCAUGAUUGUGGGUAUUGGAAAAGCAGGCAAUCCAGAUGUCAUGGAGGGUGUGGAUCCCAAGAUGAUUGUCGGCUCUUGCACAGACGUGAUUGCCGGCGAGGGUAAAAUAGUCACUGCUGGUGGCUUUGAUACUCAUGUCCAUUUGAUUUGCCCUCAACAAGCAUAUGAAGCCAUCUGCUCUGGUGUUACGUCGAUGCUUGGUGGAGGAACUGGGCCCAGCACGGGUAGCAAUGCAACCACGUGCACUCCUAGCCCGAACCUGAUCAAGCAAAUGUUGCAAGCCUGCGACAACUUACCAGUCAAUUACGGUAUCACUGGUAAAGGCAAUGAUAGCGGUACAGCUGGAUUGCACGAACAAUGUGUUGCUGGAGUUGCGGGUCUUAAACUGCACGAAGAUUGGGGCUCGACGCCCGCUGCUAUUGAUGCAUGCUUGAGCAUCUGCGAUGAACAUGAUGUUCAGUGUCUGAUCCACACGGACACCUUGAACGAAUCAGGGUUUGUGGAGCAAACUGUAGCAGCGUUCAAGAACAGAGUCAUCCAUACCUACCACACUGAGGGUGCAGGUGGUGGACACGCUCCAGACAUCAUCUCCGUGGUUGAACACCCAAAUGUGCUUCCCAGCAGUACCAACCCUACCAGACCUUAUACACGAAACACUCUCGACGAGCAUCUUGACAUGUUGAUGGUUUGCCACCAUUUGUCCAAGAACAUUCCAGAGGAUGUAGCAUUCGCAGAGAGUCGUAUCCGUGCCGAGACCAUUGCCGCCGAGGACGUGCUUCACGACCUUGGUGCGAUUAGCAUGAUGUCCUCAGACUCCCAGGCUAUGGGCAGAUGCGGAGAGGUAAUCACACGAACAUGGCACACGGCCCACAAGAACAAACUCCAGCGCGGCUCCCUAAAGGAGGACGAGGGGACUGGGGCAGACAAUUUCCGCGUGAAACGCUAUGUUAGCAAGUACACCAUCAACCCGGCCAUUGCGCAGGGCGUGGGCCAUAUCAUCGGAAGCGUCGAGGUCGGCAAAUUAGCAGACUUGGUAGUCUGGACUCCAGCAAACUUUGGCACUAAACCCAGCACUGUUCUCAAGGGUGGUAUGAUAUCUUACAGUCAGAUUGGUGACCCUAAUGGAUCGAUCCCCACGAUUGAACCGAUAAUUAUGCGACCCAUGUUUGCCCCUCUUGUACCCAGCACUAGCGUCUUAUUUGUCUCGCAAGCCAGCAUUUCGACGGGUACUAUCCAAUCAUACAAUCUCAAGAAACGCGUUCGAGCUGUGAAAAACUGCCGAAAUAUCAGCAAGCGCGAUAUGAAGCACAACAAUGCCAUGCCUCGGAUGAGAGUCGAUCCUGAAUCCUAUACUGUCGAAGCGGAUGGCCAAGUCUGCGCCGCCGCACCUGCCACGACCUUGCCAUUGACUCAGAAUUAUUACGUCUAUUAAAAUUAUCUGAUCAAGUCAUUGGACCUCUAAAGCGUGGGGGGUUUUUGACUUGAGGACCCAAUUUCUCAACAUAUGCCAUGAUGUUCAUGUUGGCAAAAAGCGUAAAAGACAAAAAAUCUCAAUGAUACCAUAUUACUAGUUUUGGAAAUUCAAAGUGAUAUUUAUUAAUCUUAACAUAGGC